CUCAAGGCCACUUGCAUUCAAGGUCAAGUUGACACCAACCGGCAAAGGAAGAAUAUUGUAUUUUCCAUUGGCUAGGAAAAAUGGCCAAGUACACAUUAGUUUGUGUGCGUCACGGAGAAAGCGAGUGGAAUAAGAAAAAUCUUUUCUGUGGUUGGCAUGACGCUGACUUGUCUGAGACUGGAAUUGUUGAGGCACAAAAUGCAGGAAAGAUGUUAAAAGAGAAAGGUUAUCAGUUUGAUAUAGCAUUCACCAGUGUUCUGAAGAGAGCCGUAAAAACACUGUAUAUGGUUCAGGAGGAAUUAGAUCUUCAUUGGAUUCCAGUCCACAGGCACUGGAGACUGAAUGAGCGCCACUACGGAGCACUGCAGGGAUUAAACAAAUCAGAGACGGCACAAAAAUAUGGGGAGGCCCAAGUGAAGAUUUGGCGUAGGUCCUAUGACACUCCACCUCCAGCACUGGAACCCUCAGAUCCAAGAUGGUCAGCUAAUGAUAGGCGUUACAGUCAAUAUGAUGCCACAGUUGUCCCAGCCUGUGAAUGCUUAAAAGAUACAGUAGCCAGAGUACUGCCAUACUGGCAUGAUAUCAUAGUUCCAACCAUUAAGUCUGGUCAAAGGGUGCUAAUCUCAGCUCAUGGAAACAGUCUGAGAGCAUUGGUCAAGUACCUCAAGAACAUUCCUGAUGCGGAAAUCCCAGAACUCAACAUCCCUACAGGAAUCCCCUUGGUGAUUGAAAUGGAUGAAAACAUGAAGUAUGUGAAAGACUACUACCUGGCUGAUGAAGCAGAGGUCAAGGCUGCCAUGGAGAGGGUAGCCAAUCAAGGAAAAGCAAAAUAAGUUCAGAGGUCAUAACCCCAGUAUGUAUUUCCAGUUAGUGCUUGACUGUUGCGUAUUUAAUUUAUCUUUAGAAUUUUGUUUUGUGUCCCAUUUUACAGAAGAGGUUUAGUAUAUUGUAAUGUAUUAUAAUGCCUUUUAAUUCAUAAUAGUGUCAAUUACUUCUAAGUACAAAACUAUGUUAAAGUAGUUUUUUCUAGGAUGAGAAUUGAUAAAACAUUUUCUGCCAUAAUACUUGAUUGUUUUCUCCCCAGAAUUAUGAUUUUUAAAAAAUAAAAUGUGAUACAGUUAUAUGUUACAUUUAUAACAACCACAUGAGUAGAAUCAUUUGGACAAUUAUGGUUUUUUGUUAUAUGUUUUGCAGACUGUUGACAUUGCUUUUAAAUAAACCUGUACUAAAAAGGUCUUAAAUAA